UUAGUCACCUAAAUACACUGGACAAAUAAUUUCUCAUGAAAAUUUAUAAAACAUAACUUAUUUAAAAACUUUAUUAAUUAUUUCUUAAUCAUUUCCUUUAAAAUAUACAACAUAAGUUAUAUUAUAUAACAAUAAAGAAUAGGGCACUUAUUUAUUUUUCAAUUUCGUACAUUUGAAAUUUCAUACGUCUGUGUUUAUAUCAUUUUUUCAAAAACCGAUUUUCUGACAAGCUAUAACUUUGCGCAUACCAUAAAUUAUUAACUGUCAAAGAAAGAUAUAUCGAAAGUGAAUUUUUCGCUUCAUUUAGUGCGCCCUCUGAUAAAACACUAAUAAAGCUAAAAGAAAGAAACUCAUAGAGAUGUUAUUAUUUAUAUAAUAUUCAUUAAAAAAAAAAAAAAAACACUGAUAAACAUAAAAAUAUACUCUGUUUAAAUUAUUCAUAAAAUCUAAUAGAUUUUGUUAAUUAAUUAGAAAAGCUUGAAAAUUUUUAUAUAUUGGCAACACUGAUUCACAUUCUGUUACAAUAAACGAAGAUCCUUCAAAGUUCGACGAACUUAUUUUUUAUACAUUUCUUUUCAAAUUUACAUUUCAUAAUAAAUAAAAUAUGCAGCUCGAAUUGUAUAAUCAGAUAAUAACUUCAAUCCGACAAUUUCACGGAUUGUCGAAGGAUUGUGCAAAAAUGUUAAAGGAAAAAUACGACAAUGUGCCAAAUAAUACAUUGUACAGUAUAUUAUCGUUAGAGAUACAACAAAAGAUGAAGAUCAAUCACACUAAAAUGUUUGGUCCCAAUAAAAAUUAUUAUGAAAGUUACAUAGAAGCUGUACAGAAUGGAGAACCUAUAGGGAUCUUAUUAAAAAUGGCAAAAGACAUAGAUGCACCACCAGCUUUAUUAGCGCGUAAUGUUUUAGAAAAACAUUGUGGCCAGGAAGAUUCUACUGUUUCUCGAAAGGAUAUUAGCCGACUUUUUAAGGAUACAACUCUAAUAGAAGAUAAGGAUCUAUCUUAUGAGGUGUAUUUGUGUAUAUUAUACGAUGAUCUUUAUGGACCGAUAGCAGAUGCUAUGGGCAAUUCGAUAGGUCAAGAAUAUGAGAUGAAAUUACAGAAUUAUUUGAUAGAACGGAAUCUCGCGUUUCGUAACGAAGAACAUUUACGAUCAAGAGGAUACGACAAAACGCCAGAUUUUAAACUGGAAGUUCCUAUUGCGGUGAAUGGUUUCGUUGUUAAUUGGAUUGAAUCAAAGGCACGUUUUGGUAAUCCUGAAAUGCAUCAAAAAUAUAUAAAGGAACAAUUUCUAAGUUAUUGGAAUAGAUUUGGUCCUGGUCUCGUUAUUUAUUGGUUUGGUUAUUUGAAUACUCUGAAUCAACCCAGUGAGAAGAAAUUUAUUAUUAUGGAUCAUUUUCCAGAAGAGAUCACGUAUAUGGAUCCAAAUUCGAUCAAACCAACAACAUCGUGAUUGUAAAUAAUAUUAUAGUUUAUUAAUUUUUUUUUUUUUUUUUUUUUUUUUUUUUUUUUUUUUUUUUUUUUUUUCUCACAACUUU